AUGGUAGCCUUUGAUGAACUUAAAAAGAGACUCUCCUCUGCACCUAUCAUAGCACCACCAAGUUGGGAUCUUCCCUUUGAACUAAUGUGUGAUGUAUCUGAUUUUGCUGUUGGUGCCGUCCUAGGACAGAGGAAAGACAAGCUAGUACAUGUAAUCUACUAUGCUAGCAAGGUCCUUAAUGAGAAUCAAAGGAACUAUACUACCACAGAGAAAGAACUUUUAGCCAUAGUUUUUGCUUUUGAUAAGUUUAGAUCAUAUCUUAUUGGCUCAAAAGUAAUUGUGUUCACUGAUCAUGCAGUACUCAAGUACUUGCUUACCAAACAAGAAUCUAAGCCUAGACUGAUAAGGUGUAUAUCCCAUGAAGAAGGGCAAGAAGUGUUAUGGCAAUGCCAUGGAUCAGCAUAUGGAGGUCACUUUAGUGGAGAACGGACAGCAGCAAAGGUGCUCCAAUCCAAAUUUUACUGGCCAACAGUGUUUAAGGAUGCCAAGGAAAUGGUGUCAAGAUGGGUAGAGGUCAUAGCUACUGCAACAAAUGACAACAAGGUGGUGAUAAGCUUUUUGAGAAGGAACAUCUUCAGCAGAUUUAGAGUUCCCAGAGCUCUCAUUAGUGAUGGAGGGUCACACUUCUGCAACAAACAAUUGGAAGCACUCCUUCUCAGAUAUGGAGUAAAACACAAAGUGGCAACUUCAUACCACCCACAGACCAAGGGACAAGUCGAGAUCUCCAACAGAGAGCUGAAACGAAUACUUGAAAAAACUGUUGAAAACUCACAAAAGGACUGGUCUAGGAAGCUAGACGAUGCUCUUUGGGCCUACAGGACAGCCUUCAAAACCCCCAUUGGGAUGUCACCAUACCAACUAGUAUUUGGCAAGGCUUGCCACUUACCAGUUGAAUUAGAGCACAUAGCUUUCUGGGCUCUAAAACUACUCAAUUUUGAUGAAAAGGCUGCUGGAGAAAAGAGAUUAAUGCAACUCAAUGAACUGGAAGAGUUUAGAAACCAAGCAUAUGAGAAUGCAAAAAUCUACAAAGAGAACACAAAAAGGUGGCAUGACCAAAAGAUAGCAAGAAGAGAGUUCACUGAAGGACAAAAGGUGUUACUCUACAACUCAAGACUCAAGUUCUUCCCUGGAAAACUUAAGUCUCAAUGGUCAGGACCUUUCACCAUACUCAAGGUGUUUCUCUAUGGUCAUGUGGAUCUCAUGGAAGACAAGACUCAGAGAACUUUCUCGGUCAAUGGCCAUAGACUCAAACACUACUUGGGAGGCUCAUUGGAGGAGCAGAGAGUGAGCUACAAGCUCAGCUAA